CACUACUAAAAGAGAAGCAGCAGCAGAAGUAGCAGCGGCAGCUGAGCCCCCCAAACAGAAAUAAAAAACACACACACAGAAAAACACGAACAGCAGCAACAACAUCAACAACAAUUAUGGUAGAAUACGGAGGGCAGCUAAAUCGCUGGCUACCACGCCUGAUGAUUCUGCUGAUCCUUCUUUAUUGGACAGCUCGAACUAGUGGCUAUUUUGCCGCCCUCGACGACGCCGAAACGAACAAAAAUUGCUUCUGUGAGUUGGAAGGCUCCAUUAACGAUUGCAGCUGCGAUGUGGACACUGUUGAUCAUUUUAACAAUAUGAAAAUCUAUCCACGCCUGCAAAGUCUAUUGGUUAAGAAUUUCUUUCGGUUCUACAAGGUGAAUUUGAGACAGGAUUGCCCAUUUUGGCACGACGACAGUCGCUGCUCCAUACGGUUCUGUCAGGUGGAAAAUUGCGAGGAGAAGGCCAUUCCACAGGGUAUUAAAGACAAGGGCGAGCAUAAAGAGAAAUCUGCAUCAUUCAAGUAUACUCGCGAGGCACAGGAGACUGGAGAUGGUGCAGUUGGUUGCUCUGGCGUGGAGGACUUUGAAAGUGCUCUAGGAUUUCUGGAUACCAGCAUUAGUGAUCAAGCGCACAAGGAAUUCGAGCUGUGGGCCAAACAUGAUGAGGCUGAGGAAGAUUUUUGCAUUCUCGAUGAUCAUGAGGAGGGAUCACAGUAUGUGGAUUUAUUAUUGAAUCCGGAACGUUAUACUGGCUAUCGUGGAGAUUCAGCUCAUCGCAUUUGGAAGAGCAUCUAUCUGGAGAAUUGUUUUGGCGGCAAUAAUGCCACAGCGAAUAAAUUCUCAAAUUAUGUGCCGCAUUUGGAUUUACGUGACGUUUGCCUGGAGCAACGUGCCUUCUAUCGCAUUAUAUCUGGCCUUCAUUCGAGUAUCAAUAUACAUUUAUGCUCAAAAUACUUGCUAUCCGAAUCGAAAGAUUUCCUCGAUCCUCAAGGCGUUUGGGGUCCAAAUGUCAAGGAGUUUAAACGUCGUUUUAGUCCAGAAACCACAAGUGGCGAGGGACCACAUUGGCUGCGUAACUUAUAUUUCAUAUAUUUGGUUGAAUUACGUGCCCUGGCCAAAGCGGCGCCGUAUUUGCGGCGCGAGGAAUACUACACAGGCAUUGCCGAGGAGGAUGACGAGGUCAAAUUGGCUAUCAAUGAUAUGCUAAGUGUAAUAGAAUCCUUUCAGUCACACUUUGAUGAGAAUGCUCUAUUUAGUAGUGGAAUUGCUUCAAUUAAAUUCAAACAUGACUACAAGGAAAAGUUUCGCAAUAUAUCGAGAAUAAUGAGUUGUGUGGGAUGCGAUAAAUGUAAAUUGUGGGGUAAAUUGCAGACGCAAGGCUUGGGUACAGCAUUGAAAAUACUGUAUUCAGAGAAAUUGAAUUUGGCAACAGAGAGCGGUAUUUGGGAUAAACCGCAUAUUGAAGCGGAUCCCAUAUUUAGGCUAUCACGUAGUGAAAUAGUAGCUCUAUUUAAUGCCUUUGGCAGAUUGUCAAAUAGUAUAUACGAAAUGGAAAAUUUCCGUCGUGUACUGAGGUAACCCAAAAGGAGAAAUAAUCUAGUGAUGACAUCGAUGCCUCAUCAAUUUGUAACUCAUCUAGCCAAUUUAUACGCACAUCUGUGUACAUUUAUCGGGGCUGUUAUAUUAUGGAUCUGAAAUUCCUUUUUAUAUACAUAUAUCUCACAUCCAUCCAUCCAUCCAUCCAUCCCCAACUACCUUCCAUAUAGAGAAUAAUUGGCAAAUGGCUAUUUCUUUUUGUUUUGGCAUUUCCCCAAAAGGGAAAGUCAAAUAAAUCCUUUCCCUUCCCUUGUAUAUAUGAAACAAAACAAAAACCCAAUUCCUGUUGGCUCUACAAUGUACAUUACAUACAAAAAAAAAAAAGAAAGAAAGAAAAACACAAACAAACAAAC